CGCGAGGUUGUCCUCUCUCCUAGAAAUUCCAGAAAAGUUGUGCUAUCAGUUUAUACUGACUGGUAAACCCAAACGUUUUAAAAUUGACCUGCAUGUUGAUUGUUUUUCUUUUUUUUUUUCUUUAUAGGAGAAAAUUAAGCAGCGUCCAAUGGGCGUCUUUGCUGAUUUUAUUCUUAUCAAUCGUUUUGCUCUCAAAUGAGAAGAAAGAAAUCGAACAUUCACACCACCGGCGAAUCAUCGGCGACUUCUUACCAGCCGAAGUACAGUCGACCUUAAACGGACACGAAUCGGACGCUUGUCGGGAGGCACGACGAACUCCGGGCUCGCGAAAUGUCACCGAAGCUGUCGAAGAGAAACCAGGCAUUUUUCGAGGAAGUCAAGGACACAUUCUGGUCCUAGCACAGUGUGUACUGUCCUCCUCAGCGAAUAUUUACAACGAGAAGAUCUUCAAAGAGGGCCAAGGAAUGGAAGAAAGCAUACUCUUGCAAAACACAAAGCUGUACAUGUUUGGCGUCUUUUUCAACACCGUGACGUUACUUCUCAGGCCCGAGUUUCGUUAUCACGUCGUAAACUGCGGGCUUUUCUAUGGUUAUAACCGUCACGCAACGUUACUCAUUGUUGUUACGGCUUUUUUUGGAUUGACCGUAGCACUGAUUCUGAAAUUCAGAGACAACAUGUUCCAAGUGAUGUCCAAUCAGCUGACCAAUGUCGUCAUGAUUACGUCAUCAGUUUUUUUCCUGGACUUUCAUCCGACGUUGAUGUUCUGUCUGACAGCGCCCGUGGUGUUGUUGGCGAUUUUUAUUUUUAAUGUAGGCACCAAGGCCGAGGUGGUAUCACCAAAAGAAAAAAUAGACACCCAGAUAUGAGAGAAAGAAAUACAACAGUCAUUAAAAUAAAGAUUAAGAUCAGCAAUUAUAGAGUGGUUUCCAACUGAGUAUCGAAAAAUUAAACCAAAGUUAUCACUUAAGCCAGUCACAAAGGACAUAGACAGUACAUUGAACCAAUCAAAACUCGAAGUGAUUACAUGUAGCUGAUGCGAAGCGCGGGAAAACUUGUGCGAACAAGUCACGAUUGGGUUUGGCUUUACUUCUGAUUGGAUGAAAAUUGGCGAGAGUUUUUAAGCCAAUCGUGUUGCGUAGUAACUGCAAAACCAAUUACUCUUCGACACUCAAAUGAAAACCGCUCUAUGAUAUUGAAAUAGUUUAUGAC